UUGUACGGCCGGCGACACGCGCCGCGAACGUUCCUAUUUCAAAAAUAGGCGCGAGUUCUGUAUUCGAAAUAUUUAAAAAGAAACCGUUGACUAGAAAAAAGGUCAAGGAUUUAACAUACCAGUUGUUUUUAGUGAUAAAGUUUGAGAUUUAGAGUUUUUUUGUUGUUGUAAGUAAUAGUGAUGUGAUUGUGACUGAAGCACAAAUUGUGAAACUUUCAUUCACUGAAAAAAACUGAAUGUAGGUUAAGUGAGUGAUAAUAACUCAUCAUCAAAGACAAUGGAUGAUAAAAUUGAAAUCCAAACACCUACUCCAAAUGUUUCGGCCCACAAAGACUCCAGCUAUAAAGCCAAAGAGCAAACAAACCGUAAAACAAGAAGUGCAACUAUUUUGAGAACGCCACAGUAAAAUGAGCAAACUGAAGCACAUAAACAAAAUGGCUUCCCCGUACCGGCACGCGACUCUUCUAACCAAUAUAAAUCACAAUCUGUUUAUUUGUAUACUUGUCUCGCUCUUGCUGCCGACGGUCAACGAAGGGUCGCCGAGUGGUGACGACGGGGGCCGAAGGUUGACUCGGGAGUAUCACCUGAGGCAGGGAGCGCUGAGAGGGUUGAUAGUGAAGCCGAGCAGGCAGUAUGAUCUGCAGAAUGUGGAAAUGUUCCUCGGGAUACCGUACGCGGCGCCACCUGUUGCCAAUUUGCGGUUUAUGCCACCAGUGACGGCCCCGCUUUGGCCGGGGGUCAAAAUGGCGACGCGGUUCGCCCCGGUCUGCCCUCAGAUGUUGCCCCCGAUCAGGAAGGGCAACCCCCCGUCCCUGGGCAGACAGAACUACAGGCACAGGCUCGAAGCCUUCCUGAAUGACGAGUCUGAAGACUGCCUGUAUCUGAACAUCUAUGUGCCGUAUAGAGAGCAAAAGUUCAAGAAGUUCCCGGUGCUAGUGUUCAUCCACGGAGACUCGUUCGAGUUCAGCUCGGGCAACCCGUACGACGGCCGCGUGCUGGCGUCUUACGGGAACAUCAUGGUUGUUACUGUCAAUUACCGGCUGGGGAUACUUGGCUUCAUGAAGCCCAGCCUCACCGACCACGACUACGGCAACAACGGCCUGUUAGACCAGCUGGCGGCGCUGCAGUGGAUCAAGGACAACAUCGAGGACCUGAACGGAGACCCACACUCUGUCACCAUCAUGGGCCACGGGACCGGUGCCGCGUGUGUGAAUUUUCUCAUGCUGUCUCCUAUUUCUAAUGGUUUGUUCCACCGAGCGAUCCUCAUGUCAGGCUCAGCGCUCUCCGACUGGGCGAUGACGCGCGACCCCGCGCAGUACACGCUGCAGGUGGCCCAGAGCCUCGGAUGUAACCCUGGCUCCAAGAACAUGAUGGCUUGCUUGCAGAAUAAACCCCUAUCAGAAAUCAAGCGCAUCCAGAUCUUGGCGCGGGACUUCGAGACCCCGCUCGGGCCCGUGGUGGCGGGCUCCUUCAUCCCCAGCGAGCCCGCCAAGACCAUGGAGUCCUUUCCGCACUUACUCAGCAAGUACCAAUUACUGCUGGGAGUGACAGAACUGGAGAGCUACCACGACUUCGGGGUCAUUGAACUGGAUCACGGCGUGUUGGAAAACCAGCGGGAUGAGUUCAUCACGAAAUAUGCAAAAAUUGUGUUCGAUGGUGCUGAAGAUAUUAGUUUGAAAGAAAUAUUGAAACACUACGCUACCAGCAAGACAGACCCGCAGCGGUGGAGCGUGGAGACGAAUCGUGACGUCAUCCUGAACGCGUUCAGCGACGCCCGAACCCUCGCCCCGAUGAUACGCUUCGCCAACUACCAGUCUCAGGCGAACAGACAAUCCUACUUCUAUGUGUUUGGACAUAACUCCGUUAGCACCGAUUAUGCUUCUUUAAACAAGAGCGUGCAUGGUGAGGAGCUUCCAUACAUCCUUGGCGUGCCCCUCGGUGGGACCAACUCGCACUUCCACACUGAAUACACGCAGAAGGAGAAACUGCUCAGUGAAGUCAUCAUGAGGUUGUGGACAAACUUUGUCAAAAUUGGAACACCAAACACGCAAAGUGAGAACCAGUACUAUUCAAUGGACCGUCGAUAUUGGAAGCAGUACAAUGUGGAGUGGCCGGAGUAUAAUGUUGACCAUCAGUCUUUUUUAAGACUAGAUAUUCCUCCUUCGAUAAGCAGUUACUACAGAUCAAAUUAUUCCAAGUUCUGGAUAGAGACUUUGCCAAAUAAGAUGAGACGGUAUGUGGUGGACCCAUUGUUUGAAUACACCCCGGCCCCGACUACAUCGAAGCCUAAAUCCACAUCGCGGAAUUCAGAACCGAGAAGAAUCUGGCAUCCAGCAGCUCCUCCAAUCAUCGAAUCACCACAUUAUACUGCUCCCGCUUACGGAAGGUUGCGGCCGUAUUUGACUCCGGCAAAGAGUAGACCUGAUCCAGAUAUGAUUUACCGAGAAAUACAAGCAAUGAAGACUCCAAAUAGACCGAUACCUCAUGGACUUAUGGACAAACCUAAGAGCACCACGGAAAAGCAAAUAAUAGCAACAAUGAAACACGAAAACAACAUACCAGCUAAAACUUCUGGAGCUACAAUAAGCCUUAUUGUUUCCUUAGGUAUUUUAUUUUUAGCUGCUAAUAUGGGAAUUUGUGCAAUUCUGUAUUACAAAAAAAGGAAGCUGCGGUCAAGAGAUCAAACAAUAAACGGAACGAAUCCUAGAGCUGAAUUAGGAGAUGUUGAUGUCAUCGGUCAAAAAAGUAUGAAAGAUGAUAAAAGCGCUAUACAAACUUUGAAAAACAGUUGCAGUGUAAUAAAAUCGAUGAGUUUUAAUAAAAUACGUAACAAUAAUAAAAUAACUAAGAAAAGUAAGCCAGAACCGUGUAAGACACCUAAAUCAGAUGAUUCAGGUGGGUUCAGGGAGAGAUUUCAAUUACGUAGACACUUGUCAACAAGUACUUUGGAUGCGCACACAAAAGUUAGAGAUUGGAUAGCCAAUGAAGUAAUGCAUAGAUGUUCACCAAGUAUUCUUCGUAAAUCGAACUCAGAACUUAAUAAUGAUAAGCAAUUAAAAGUAACACGUUCGGAAGAGUUAUUAUCUGAUAGUAAACGAAUUAAAAAAGAUACAUUGAAUGUAGAAAAGGAAACUGAAAUGAAAUCUAGUCUGAAAUCUAAAAAGUCAACUAAGGUGAGUAAUAAAACCAAAACCUCAGAAAAAACUACAUCAACAUCAGCUCUUGGCUCUCAUUCAUCUAUUGCAAGUAACAAACAGUCUAUGAACAGUGUAAAGCAGUCGGAAAAAUCUUGUGAAUCCUUGAAAAGUAAAGGAACAGAGAGUAUGAAAUCAAAAAAAGUCUCAGUAGCCAUAGAUGCAACACCUGCAGCUCGAACUUGUUCUAUUUUACAACAAGAACCAAUAGAAAUUACCAAAUCUUUUGAUUGUACUGAUGGAGCAGAAAAACAUUCCAAAAGUGACAAAACAUUGGAUAACCAGAUAUCUAAUGAACAUGAAAGAACUGAAAAUCCAGAUGAAAAUAGAACUUUUAAAAGUGUUGUAAAUUUAUCAUUAGGACAAGAUAAGUCAUUAAAAAUUUCGCACAAACAUUCCACAUCUGACCCAGUGACAGAUAUUAAUUAUGAUAAAAUAGUGAAACAAAAAAUGAAUUCAGCAACUCAAGCUACGGACAUACUACCACCGGUAUCUUUCAGAAAUGAAAUAAACGUCACUUCUAAAGAUGAAAAUACUAACUCAGAGCCACUUACUGCAGCAGAGUCGCUACUUACGAUACAGCGAAGAAAUUUUCCUAAAGUUCUUCCGGAUUUACCAAAGUCACAAAAGCGGUUGUCCUUGCAACCGACUUCUUUGCAAAGUUUCCGAAGCUUUGCCGGAAGCACUGAAAAUCAAUGCGAUAUGCGUCUAAAAGUUCCGCCUCAGCCACCGCCUAGGACCACAACUUUAGAGCGACGUAUCGCAUAUAGAAAUACAAAAUCUAAUUUAUCUUCGUUUGAUGCCUCGAACUCUUCACGGAUCCCAGAACACCCUUCUAAUUUAAACUAUGAAAACAUUGAGUCUCUAUCUCCUCCACAAGUAUUGCAUAGUAGAAAUCGAUCAUUUGAUAGUACUCUACUAAAAUUAGAUAAAGUCGAUAAAUCACCGUCUCCUGUUAUACAGCCUCUUGAUCGUGAAUAUCCGAAAGUAAUAAUUCAGUCGUCCAGUGACGGUCCGUCAACAUCUGAACCAAAGAUUUUUAUCGUGCCAUCCCCUAGUCAAGUAGAAAUUUCAAAUAGUACACCAAGAGUAAGACUCCCUGACGAUUUCCAUACUGAUGCAUCUGGCUCAAUCACAUCAUUUUCAUCCUUCUGUUCUGACGAUGACGAUGAUGAUGACUUUGCAGAAGACAUUGAUGAAGAUAAAUUGUUACAAGAGCUUGUAGGAAGUGUUGAUUCACCCACAGAUAUGGAGGAUAUACUAGAUACAAAAGGACCGGACCGGUUUAUAAGGAAAUUAGAAAUUGUACCCGUGAAAAUUAAUCCAGGUCAAGUCGGGCCCAGAAAUCACGAGGAUUAUGUUUUUGUUUCUGAUUUACUACUACCGGAUGUAAGUGGUUUUGAAAGGACAGCCCAAAUAAAACCGAAUUUCGGAUUAAACAAAUUAACACAACGAAGUGAAAGUAUCCAUAAGCCACCAGAAAAGGCGGUUAAACUGAAACAAAAGCGAAAUAUGAAGCCUGCGUCUAUUAUGAAUAGAAAAAGUAAAGAUAAUCGAAAAAGUAUUCAUAAAAAAAUUGAGCAUUCAAAUUCCGGGUCGUCAAAUGAUACUGAAACUAGUACUGGAACAGUUAUAAAAAGAAGUGAAGUAAAAAAGGUUUAGUUUCAAUUUAAGGUACAAAGGACUGUUUAUUUUUAUUAUUUAAGUUAGACCAAUAUUUUAUUUCUGUAACAUUGAGUAUGGAAUACUAAAUAGGUAUAAUGCAUUUAGUAUGUGUAAUAUAUAAAUUUUGAUACAAAA